AUGUCCCUGCAUCCGUCUUACCAGCAUGUGGUGGUCCACGGGUUACCUUAUGACCGCGGAUUCUCCUAUGGUGAGCAAACAAAGGAGAAGAUACAGCGCAAUGUCACCUACUAUAAGCAGCCAGGCAAACUAGGACCAUGGUCUUCGGUUUCGAGAGUCAUUCAUGACUGCUAUAUUCCUGGGUUGCAACGUUACUGGCCAUCAGGAUGGGAAGAGAUGCGCGGUGUUGCUGCUGGCGCUGGUGUUUCAAUCGAAGACAUCGUCAUGUUGAAUGCGCGAUAUGACCUCUCGCAUGUAAAGUUCGAGGCCGUUUGUGAAGAGAAGCCUGCCAUCAAGGAAAAGGUCGUCGACGAAGAACAGCGGGUCGAAGUCGCAGAAGAAUGCACCUCCGCUAUCAUUCUCGCCCCCGCGACAAAGGAUCGGGUAGUUUUCACUGCGCAGAACUGGGAUAUGUCACACCGACUUGUCACCGAGGACGCCAUUAUCUAUCUUGAGAUUCAUCCAGAUGUCUCUGAGAACAUCCCGACAAUGUUCCUUGUCACCGAAGCGGGUCAGUUGGGCCGCUCAGGGUGCAACGGGGCCGGGCUAGGUCUCACAGCGAACUCGCUGCAGAGUGACAAUGAUCAAGCACCCGAUUUAUCAACGCCUAUCCCCCCCUCUGGAUCAUUGAGGCGGCUCUUCCUUGAGCAGUCUAACUAUUCAGUCGGACUGAAGUGCAUCGCGCGAACCCCACGACACGUCUCGUGUAAUAUCAUGGUCUCAUCUGCCGACGACAUUGGUAUGUGUCUGGAAGUGACACCGCGGACGAUCUUCAGGUCCGUCAUUUCAUCGGGUUCGGAAAAGCCGUACCUUGUGCACAGCAACCACUUCCAGACUUCUCCUUUCCUGGCACAGACACAAAUUUCCGAUACAUACCUCGGAGGGAGCUCGUGGUAUCGCGGUAAGCGACUAGAAGCAGGGCUGCGCGAAAAGGCGCAGAGGGAAAAUUUGAUCGAACGAGAUAUUGUGGUGGCAUUCCAGGACCAUGCAGGUUAUCCGCAUAGUCUAUGUGAGCAUGUCGUUGAGGAACAAAGUACCAAUCAGGAGAACUCAGGGCCGUAUUCUGGUCCCACCUCGACCGUCUGCUGUGUCGUUUAUAAUCUGUCUAAACGCACGGUGCGAGUUUGUAAAGGUUGCCCAUGCGAAGGAAUUUUCCAAGAUUUCGAGUUGCGAUGA